UAUCUUUUCAAUUUCAUCGAGUUAAUUGUUUUACUCCUAAUUAAUGACAUGACUUCUGAUUAAUUUUCAUAUUUUAUUUAGGCAGAAAUCAUAUAAUUAAACUCGACUUUAAAUUACUGACAGCAGAUUAUUACCACAGCUAUAAUUUUUUAAGUGGCUGUCCGACGUCAAAAAUAACGUAAUGGCGUAUGAUGCAGCACUAUUAGUCAAAAAAUCUUAAUAUCUUAAGUUCUGCCGACAUGUCACAUUUAUUUGACCAUACUGCAUAGGUACUGCAUAUUUACUAGACUGGUAAAUAGUAGGAAACCAAGUAUUAUUGCUUGAGACUAUUUGCUACCUGAAAAAACUCAACAAUCACCUCUCCGCGCUACCUGCCACUGGUAAGAGGCCCACUUUUCAAUUUUUGGUUAGUCAAUGAUAAAAUCAUGGAAGAAAAACUGUUCUUUGAAACAACUAUCGCUCGAACACGACGAGCCAAUCACAUUUGUUGUUUCACAAUGGCAAAGAAAGCCAAAACCCAGCAUUGUAUAUCUGGUCUAUCGUUGGAUCAUCGCUCUUUUCUUUCUCGUCACUUCUGUACUCUCCCUUUGGGAUUUCAAGUACCACGACGCUGAUGCCUCCUUCAAACCCAAAUGGUGGAUUUAUGUGACAAAUUGGGGUUACACCACUUGUACGUUACAAUCUCUGAUAGUUGCUAUCAUCUUGUCAAUUUGCGUUUUGGCGCCUCGCUUGCGAAGCAAUCCCAACCUGCAAUCCUCAUCCCUCAAAUUUUACAAGCUCUACUGGGUGUUGAACGUGAUUGCUACUGGUACCGCAUUUGAAAUAACUAUAAUGUACUGGUCUUUAAUUUACGAUGAAAAAGUCGUGGAUGUCAACGCGAUGACUUUUUUUGUUCACGCUAAUAAUUCCGUGUUGAUGAUGAUAGAUCUGUUUGUUGUGGCGCAUCCGAUUCGGCUGCUUCACUGCUGCUACCCUGUUGUGUUUGGAAUAUGUUACGUAGUAUUUACUGUCAUUUUUUACGCAGCAGGAGGCACCACCACGGAGGGACAAGUUAUUAUCUACGACAUCCUAGACUGGCGAAAACCAGGAACUACCACAGUGAUUUGUCUCGCUGCCCUCGCGUUUACUGUUAUUGUGCAUGUUUCUUGUUGGGGAUUGUAUAAAUUUAGAAUAUGGACGCAUUCAAAAUGUCUUCCUAAAGCUGAAACCGACUGUAGUGGUCUUAACAAAGAAGAAAAAGACACGAAGGGAGCUUAUGUUAAUGAAGAAAUUGCCAAUGACAUGGUCUAA